AUAGAGUAUGCAACUCUCAACUUCGGUUUCUAUUGAAGCGGUAAAUGAUGCUAUCAAAGCCAAUCUCUGCGUAGAUAAGCCAUCAGCGAUCUCUGCCUACAGGAGGCACCAUGCCUGUCAUCUGCUCCCUCCCCUCAUGACAUCCAGCGCUGCAAUUGCCCUGCUGCUGUUUUUGCACACCUGCCUUGGUGCUGAUUUUCCUUGCCAUGCAGGUGGCAGAGCAAGAAAUAGAAAGGGUAUGCAGACCUACUUGUGUGCUGUGGAUGGGAAGGUUGGGCACUGGCCAGGCCAGGUGAAAUAAUGUUACCCGUUUAUAACUGUGACGGUAUUUAAAAGCAGGGCAAGAGGGUUUUGCAAAUUC